CAUGCAGGAGACACCAACCCUCAAACCCAAAAAGGAUGCCACAUUUCUGUGACUGAGAGCCUCAGCACCCAGCCGGGGAGUGAAACUCAGUCACGUGUAAGAUUGGCCUCCCACACACUGGAGUGUGAAGCAGUCUCCUUGAAGAAAGCAAAGGGGUUUUAUUGAAGAACUUCUGCAUAUUCAGAUAGGAAAGCACCUGCAGGGAUGGGUACAUUCCUAAGCAUGUUCAGUCCAAGGUCAUAAAUCACUUCUUUAAAAGGGAAGAUGGUAGCACCUUCCUGAGCAUGUUUAGUUGAGGGUCAUAAUCACAUGCCCUCUGCUUCUAAGAGAGAAUGCUAUUUUAUAAUGAGUAAAGUUUAUUCCAGGUCAUGUAAAAUAAUGAGUGACCUUGGUUGAUUCCUUGUAAGCUUCUUCAAAGUGUCUCAGUUGAACAAACAAACAAACAAAAAAACACAAAGGGACAUUAAUAGUCUUUUAAAGGGGCACUGGCUCUUUCCCUGAUGAAUAUAGGAGUUUACCCCUAAAGUGCCUCUGUCUUGCUUAGCAACUAAACAUAGUAAGACACCAGAGUUUGAAGUGAUCACAGUCUUCAUACAGCAUUAGACAAACAUGAAUGAAUUUUAGAAAUGUAAUAUUUAACAAAAGAAGACAUAUAAAAGAUAUAUUUAUUUUAUAUGAUUUCUUAGGUAAAAUUCAAAAACAGUUUAGAAUUUGGUGUUGGAAGUCAGGUUAGUGAGUAUCCACGUGUGUGUAUCAGUGAUUGGAAGUGGGCAUGAGGGGGCUUCUGUGUUCUGGUGAUGUUCUGUUUCUGAAUCUGGAUACUGAUUAUGCAGCUUGUAUUCAUUAUAUAGGAACUCAUGGAGGCUGUCUCCUGCUCUCAAGGUGGCCCACAUUCUCUCUUACAUGUGUCUCUGCUUUCCUAAAUCUCUGCCUGUAAAAAAAGGAAGGAAGGAAACUAACUCAUGGAACUGUACACUUAAGUGCAGUUUAUGUACCAUAAACUGCCACAAAGACACACACAAACAUACACACACACACACACACAGACAUGUCAGGAACACACUCUUUAAAGUAUGGCUUCUAAGCAUAUUGAAUUCUGUUUGUAAGAUAAUAUAACAUUCAUGACUUAUACCAGUGAGCUGCUUGGAGGUCAGAUAUUGUCCCUCUCCUUGUGGAUACUGCAUUAUGGGCAAGGAAAUAAUACUUAGUAAAAUAUAUAAAUGUUUUCGUACCUCUGAUAGAGGUACAUUCUGUGUGAUAAGAAGACAAGAUUAGUUUUACCAUCAGGAUGUGAAUUUCUGGAAAGCCUUCAUGAAUAUAGUGACAUUUUAGUUGAUAGAAGAUGCCAUUUUAAGGAGAGGAAAUUUCAUGAGUAAAAAUUUAUGAUGGGUUCAGAUAAUGAUAAAAAGACAGGCUUGAGUAUAGAGUGCAUGAUGAGGACAGGUAAGAGAAUAGGCCAUAAGUUGAGAAUAGAUUGUGACAGGUCCUGUAAGCAGUAUUGAAAUGUUUAGGUAUAGACUGUGAAUCAUCCAACUUCUUUUUGUUUUGGGUCAGAGGAAGAGGAUGGAUUAAGCAGUAAGGCAAAGGAAGAUUGGAAGGAAGCUACUUAGGAAAGUAUAGUCGAAGAAAGAGAUGCUGAAUAAUGGACCUAACAUAAUAGCAAUGGAAAUGGAUAGAGUUGAAUUUAGAAAUAUUGUGGAGGUUGAACCAAUAUCUUGAUAAAUAAGGGAGAAGGGCAAAUGGAAGAUAAUAAACACCUCUCAUUCAUUCAACAAAUAUUUAUUAAAUUUCGGCUAAGUGCCAAGCACUACUAGAAUAGGGAAACGGUGGUAAACAAAACAAACUCAUGAAACUCACAAUUUGGUAGGGAGACAGAUGUUCAUUACAAUCAUGUACAUGUAUAAAUGUGUGAUUGAGGAAGAAAAUACUGAUAAACUUUUGGACUGGAGACUUCACUUAGUGAGUGCUAGCAGAGCUUUCCUGAGGAAGCAACUAAGCAAUUGAGCUGCUCUGUGAAGGAAGACUGGAUGAAUAUGGUUAAAAAGAAUGGGGUCAAGCAUUUGAGAUAGCAGGAAAUAUGUGAGGAGGUCAGUAUGACUGAACCCUUAUUAGAGAGAAUGAAUGAUAGAGGUGAGGUAAUAGAGAUGGAAACAGAUCAUGGGAGACCUUGAAGGGCUCAACAGGUAUUCACUACAGACUGCAAGUUUUGCUUUUUAAGUAGACCUUCUGACAGUCUGACUAUAGUAGUAUGAUGAGGGUUUGGAGUAGAGUGGACAAACGUGGAGAUGAACUAUAUUUAGAAGUUAGAAUCUAUAGAACUUAGUGAUUGAAUGGGUGUGGGAAAAGGGAAGAGAGAAGUAUCUAGCAAGAUUCUCAGAUUUCUGAGCACUGUUCACUGGUGAGGGAACACUAGAAGAGGAAUAGAGUGGGAAGAGAGGAAAAAAGGAAGGAAUGGAGGGAGGGAGACUAUUUGGACUGAGUUUAGGAUGUUAAGUUUAGAACGUCAAUGAGAUGACAAUUAAAUAAUUGAGAAGAAGAUUCUGGAGCUCCAAGAAAGAUCAGAUAGAAGAUAUCAAUAUUAGUAUAGAAGUGGCAUUGGAAACCAUGAAUGUACAUUAGAUUGACAAGGUUUUGAUGGCCACCUGGCUUUAUUCUUGCAAUGAAGAAAGGUUCUCAACAAAAAAAAUUCUCCAAAGCAAAGAGGCCACCAUCAUCUCACCCUCCCAGCCCAUCUCUUACAUCCAAUAUGAGAUCUAGGUCGCUUUCACCUUUGAUUGGAUCAGAGACUCUGCCUUUUCAUUCUGAAGGACAGUGGUGUGAGCAAGUCAAGUUUACAGAUGAACCCAAUGUGAUUUUGGGAUGCCAAGACCAUAAAGGAGCUGAUUCAAGAGUAGGAAUUCGAUAUAUCACAGAGGCCCUCAUUAAAAAACUCUCUAAAGAAGACAAUUUGGCUUUGGUAAAGUCUCUCAACCUUUCACUUUCUAAAGAUGGCGGCAAGAAGUUUAGGUAUAUUGAGAAUUUGGAAAAAUGUGUUAAACUUGAAGUACUGAAUCUCAGCUAUAAUUUAAUAGAGAAGAUUGAGAAGGUAGACAAGCUCUUAAAAUUACGUGAACUCAACUUAUCAUAUAACAAAAUCAGCAAAAUUGAAGGCAUAGAGAAUAUGUGUAAUCUUCAGAAGCUAAACCUUGCAGGAAAUGAGAUUGAGCACAUUCCAGUAUGGCUAGGAAAGAAGUUGAAAUCUUUGCGAGUCCUCAAUCUGAAAGGCAACAAGAUAUCAUCACUUCAGGAUGUCAGCAAGUUGAAACCACUUCAAGAUUUGACUUCUCUGAUAUUAGUUGAAAAUCCAGUCGUGACCCUUCCUCACUACCUCCAGUUUACCAUUUUCCACCUACGUUCGCUGGAAAGUUUGGAAGGUCAGCCAGUAACUACUCAGGACAGGGAGGAGGCUUUUGAGAGAUUCAGUUUAGAAGAGGUAGAAAGACUGGAAAGAGACCUAGAAAAGAAGAUGAUGGAAACUGAAGAGCUUAAGAGCAAACAAAUAAGAUUCCUUGAGGAAAUUAAAAAUCAAGAUAAAUUAAACAAAUCAUUAAAAGAAGAAGCAAUAUUACAGAAACAGAGCUGUGAGGAGCUAGAAAUUGACCUAAACAUGAAAAAUGAAUUGCUAAAACAGAAGACCAUGGAACUAACCCGAGCAUGUCAGAAGCAGUAUGAGCUCGAACAGGAAUUGGCUUUCUAUAAAAUUGAUGCUAAAUUUGAGCCACUAAAUUAUUAUCCAUCAGAGUAUGCUGAAAUUGAUAAAGUCCCAGAUGAAAGCCCUUACAUUGGCAAAUCCAGAUACAAGAGAAAUAUGUUUGCCACAGAAACUUUCAUUAUCAGUAAUGCCCAGGCAGUACAGAUCAAGAAGAUGGGACCAAAUGAAGGAGAACAACAUAGAGAUGCACAAGAGAACUUGAGAACCCAUGCACCACUGGACACACAACUGGAAGAUAAAGAAAGAAAAAUAAAUGCAGCACAAACUCGACUGUCAGAACUACAUGAUGAAAUAGAAAAGGCAGAACAAAAAAUUUUAAGAGCUACUGAAGAAUUUAAACAACUGGAAGAAGCUAUACAACGGAAAAAAAUUUCAGAAGCAGAAAAAGACCUUCUUUUCAAGCAGUUGAGUGGUAGAAUACAACUUCUAAAUAAAUUACGCCAGGAAACUCUGGAUCUAGAAAUGCAUAUGGAAAAGCAGCGACAAGAAAUUGCUGAAAAGGAGAAGGAGAUCAAGGACCUGCAAAUAGCCCUAGAUACCCUGGAUUCCAAAGACCCAAAACAUUCCCAUAUGAAGGCUCAGAAAAGGGGUAAAGAACAACAGCUUGACAUUAUGAACAAGCACUACAAACAGCUUGAAAGCCGUUUGGAUGAAAUACUUUCUAGAAUUGCUAAGGAGACUGAAGAGAUUAAGGACCUUGAAGAGCAACUUACUGAAGGCCAGAUAGCAGCAAAUGAAGCUCUGAAGAAGGAUUUAGAAGGUGUCAUCAGUGGAUUGCAGGAAUAUCUGGGAACCAUCAAAGACCAGGCAACUCAAGCCCAAAAUGAAUGUAGAAAGCUACAGGAUGAGAAAGAGACAUUGCUACAGAGGUUAACUGAAGUCAAGCAGGAGAGGGAUGAACUGGAAGUAGUUGCUAUGGAUGCAGAAAAUAUGAGGAAGGAGCUUGCAGAGCUAGAAAGUGCCCUCCAGGAACAGCAUGAAGUGAAUGCAUCCUUGCAGCAGACUCAAGGAGAUCUCAGUGCCUAUGAAGCUGAGCUGGAGGCUCAGCUAAAACUAAGAGAUGCUGAAGCCAACCAGCUCAAGGAAGAGUUGGAAAAACUCGCAAGGCUUACUCAGUUAGAACAAUCAACACUUCAAGCAGAACUUGAGAAGGAAAGACAAUCUCUCAAGAAUGCCCUUGGAAAAGCCCAUUUCUCAGAAGAAAAGGAACGAGAGAACAGUGAACUUCGCACACAGCUUAAGCAGCUGCAGGAUGAUAAUAACCUCUUAAAACAGCAGCUUAAAGAUUUCCAGAAUCACCUCAACCAUGUGGUUGAUGGUUUAAUUCAUCCAGAAGAAGUGGCAGCUCGUGUGGAUGAGCUAAGGAGAAAACUGAAAUUAGGAGCUGGGGAAAUGAGAAUCUAUAGUUCUUCAGAUGUGUUAGGGAAAAGUCUUGCUGAUUUACAGAAAGAAUUCAAUGAAAUCCUUGCACAUUCCCAAUGGGAAAGAGAGGAAGCACAAGUUAGAGAAAGAAAACUUCAGGAAGAAAUGGUUCUGCAGCAGGAAAAACUGGUGAAUGGACAAGAGGAGUUCAGGCUAGCCUGUGAAAGAGCCCUUGAAGCACGAAUUAAUUUUGAUAAGCGACAUCACAAUGCAAGAAUCCAACAGUUGGAGAACGAAAUUCGGUAUUUGCAAGAAAAUCUAAAAAGUAUGGAAGAAAUCCAAGGCCUUACAGAUCUCCAACUUCAGGAAGCUGAUGAAGAGAAGGAGAGAAUUCUGGCUCAACUCCAAGAAUUAGAGAAAAAGAAGAAACACGAAGAUGCCAAAUCUCAAGAGCAGUUUCUUGGUUUAGAUAAAGAGUUGAAGAGUCUGAAGAAAGCUGUGGCUGCCUCUGAUAAGCUAGCUACAGCCGAGCUCACCAUUGCCAAAGACCAGUUAAAGUCCCUUCAUGGCACUGUUAUGAAAAUUAACCAGGAGAGGGCAGAGGAGUUGCAGGAAGUUGAGAGGUUCAGCAGAAAGGCAGCACGAGCCGCCAGGGACCUGACUCGAGCAGAAGCAGAGAUCGAGCUCCUGCAGAAUCUUCUCAGGGAGACAAAGGAGCAGUUUCGAACUGAAAUGGAAAAAACAGAUGUAAGUACUGGAGGAGCAAACUCAAAAGUGCUAGAAAUCGAGAAGCUAAAUGAGACGAUGGAGAGGCAAAGGUCAGAUAUCACAAGACUGCGGGAUUUACUAGACCUCACUGGGGCUGAUAACAAAGGAGGCUUUGAAAAUGUUUUAGAAGAAAUUGCUGAACUGCGCCGUGAAGUUUCUUCCCAGAAUGAUCACAUCAGCGGUCUGGCAGGUCCUUUCGGAAGACGAGGCUGUUGGUACUUUAUGCCACCACCACCAUCAUCAAAAAUUUCCAGCCAUAGUUCCCAGGCUACCAAGGACUCUGGUGUGGGCCUCAAGUACAUGGCCUCAACUCCUUUCAGAAAACCACGGCCUGGACAAGAGGGAAAGGACAGCAGUGGACCUCCACCUGCUUCAGGAUACUGGGUCUAUUCACCAAUCAGGAGUGGGUUACAUAAAUCAUUUUCAAAUAGAGAUGGAGACAGUGAAAGAGAUAGCCAGGAAGAGAGCGGAAUGGAUGAACAAGAGGAGCCCCCAUUUGUGCCUCCUUCUGGAUACUUGAUGUAUACUGUGCUUCCUGAUGGUUCUCCUGUACCCCAGGGCAUGGCCCUGUAUGCACCACCUCCUCCCUUGCCCAACAACAGCCAACCUCUCACCCCUGGCACUGUUGUUUAUGGUCCACCUCCCGCUGGAGCCCCCACUGUUUAUGGACCACCACCCCCAGGCUUCUCCGUUCCCCUCAUCCCUAUGGGUGUUCUACAUUGCAAUGUGCCAGAACAUCAUAACUUAGAGAAUGAAGUUUCUAGAUUAGAGGACAUAAUGCAGCAUUUAAAAUCAAAGCGACAGGAGGAACGGUGGAAGAGAGCAUCCAGGCAGCAGUCUGAGAAAGAAAUGGAAGAACUGCAACAUAACAUUGAUGGUCUUUUGCAAGAGAAGAAAGAAUUAGAAUGUGAAGUAGAAGAAUUACAUAGAACCAUCCAGAAUCAUCAACAACGAAAGGACUUCAUUGAUGGAAAUGUUGAGAGUCUUAUGACUGAACUAGAAAUUGAAAAAUCAUUCAAACACCAUGAAGAUAUUGUAGAUGAAAUUGAGUGCAUAGAGAAGACCCUUCUGAAACGGCGCUCAGAACUCAGGGAAGCUGACCGACUCCUGGCAGAGGCUGAGAGUGAACUUGCAUGCACAAAAGAGAAGACAAAAAAUGCUGUUGAAAAGUUCACUGAGGCCAAGAGAAAUUUAUUGCAAAUCGAAUCAGAUGCUGAGGAAUUAGAAAGGAGAGCACAGGAAACUGCUGUUAACCUUGUGAAAGCCGAUCAGCAGCUGAGAUUGCUCCAAGCUGAUACUGAGGAUUUGGAGCAGCACAAAAUUAAGCAAGAAGAAAUCUUGAAAGAAGUAAACAAAGUUGUAGUAGCAAAAGAUGCAGACUUCCAGUGUUUAAACAAGAAGAAGGAAAAGCUCACAGAAGAGCUUCACAACCUUCAAAAAGACAUUGAGGCAGCAGAACACAAUGAGCGUCACCACCUGCAGGUCCUCAAAGAAUCUGAGACCCUCCUUGAAGCCAAGAGAGCAGAGCUGGAAAAGCUCAAAAGCCAGGUAACAAGUCAGCAGCAGGAGAUGGCUAUCUUGGACAAGCAAUUAGGGCAUAAAAAGGAGGAGCUGCAGCUACUCCAAGAAAGCAUGGUCCAAGCAAAAGCUGAUCUCCAAGAAGCCCUGAGUCUGGGAGAAACUGAAGUUGCUGAGAAGUGCAGUCACAUCAGGGAAGUAAAAUUGCUUCUGGAAGAACUGAGUGUUCAGAAAGGAGAACUGAAUGUCCACAUUAGUGAAAAAAAAACUCAACUUGCACUUAUAAAGCAGGAAAUUGAAAAAGAGGAAGAAAAUCUUCAGGUAGUUUUAAGGCAAAUGACUAAAUACAAAACUGAACUAAAGAACAUUUUGGACAUGUUGCAACUUGAAAACAAUGAACUACAAGAUUUGAAGCUACAGCACGACCAGAAGGUGACUGAGUUAGAGAAGACUCAGGUCGAAGUGCUAGAGGAGAAAAUGGAGUUAGAGAAUUUGCAGCAGGCUGCCCAACAACAGAAAGAGGAAAUAGAGUGGCAGAAACAGCUCCUUGAGAGGAACAAACGGGAAGUAGAUCGAAUGACUGCUGAGAUCCAGGCAUUACAGUCAUGUGUUGAGUGUUUGAGCAAAGAAAAAGAAGAUCUCCAAGAGAAAUGUGACAGCUGGGAAAAGAAGUUGUCACAAACCAAAAGGGUUUUAGCAACUACAGAAGAAAAUAGCAAAAUGGAGCAAUCAAACUUAGAAAACUUGGAAUUGAAUGUCAUAAAACUACAGCAGGAGGUGGACCAGCUAAACAAAGACAAGCUGUCACUACUUAAGGACAUUUCAGCAGUGCAGCCACAGCUCCACGAAAAACGAGAAGCAGUGAAGUCACUACAGGAGGAACUAGCUAAUGUCCAAAACCAUUUGAACCUAGCAAAACAGGACCUGAUUCAUACCACCAGCCGUCAGGAUUCACUGCUUGGUGAGCAGACCCGGCUGCAGAAGGACAUCAAUGAGUGGGUAGAGAGGUUCGAGAACUGUCAAAAAGAAGCAGAAGCUAAACAACAACAACUCCAAGCACUUCAGAGUGAGAUCGAAGAAAACAAGCUGAAGCUAGACCAGCAAGAAAUGAUGUUUCAGAGACUUCAUAAAGAGAGAGAGAAUGAAGAAAGUAAAUUAGAAGCCAGUAAAGUAACACUGAAGGAGCAGCGGCACCAGCUGGAAAAAGAAUUAAUGGACCAGAAAAGCAAACUGAACCAGGUGCUCAUGCAGAUGUCGGUGGCAGAAGAGCGCGUGAGGACUCUGCAAGAAGAGGAGCGGUGGGGGGAGACCCUGGAGAAGACGCUCUCCCAGACCAAGCUGCAGCUUUCAGAACGGGACCAGCAAUUAAUGGAAAAGUCGAGUGAGCUACGGGCUCUACAGAAAGAGACAGAUGCUAUGAGGGCAGACUUCAGUCUCCUGCGGAACCAGUUUUUAACAGAGAGAAAGAAAGCUGAGAAGCAGGUGGCCAGCCUGAAGGAUGCACUCCAGGUCCAGCGGAGCCAGCUGGAGAAAAACCUCCUUGAGCAAAAACAGGAGAAGAGUUGCAUGCAGAAGGAGAUGGCGACCAUGGAGCUGGUAGCCCAGGACAACCACGAGAGGGCACGGCGCCUGAUGAAGGAGCUCACUCAGAUGCAGCAGGAAUACCUGGAGCUCAAGAAACAGAUGGCAAACCAAAAAGAUCUGGAGAGAAGACAAAUAGAAAUCAGUGAUGCAAUGAGGACACUUAAGUCUGAGGUUAAAGACGAAAUAAGAACCAGCUUGAAGAAUCUCAACCAGUUUCUUCCAGAACUACCAGAAGAUAUAACAGCUAUUUUGGAAAGAAAUGGAAACCUAGAAGGAGAGUUGGAAAGCUUAAAAGAGAACUUUCCAUUCACUGUGAAUGAGAGACCAUUUGAAGAAAAGCCAAAUUUUUCCCAAGUUCACAUAACGGAUGAGCACUGGCGCGGGGAGGCACUCCGAGAGAGACUGCGGCACCGUGAAGAUCGACUCAAGGCCCAGCUUCGACGCUGUAUGUCCAAGCAAGCAGAAGUAUUAAUCAAAGGAAAGCGGCAGACGGAGGGCACUUUACAUAGUCUUAGGAGGCAAGUGGAUGCGUUAGGAGAAUUGGUCACCAGCACCUCUGUAGAUUCAACAUUGUCACCCAGUUUGUCUCACCUGGAGUCUUCGCUUGCAGAUGACUCUCACCCUGGGCAAAGUCAGGGCUCCUUCCAGGUUCUACAAGGUCCAUCAGAACUGCCAGUCAGUUACCAACACGGAUGCCAUUAACAGCUUCCUGCUCAUAGGGAAAAGGAUGGCCCACCAGGACGAGGAGUGCUGUCUUGUGUAAAUCUGAGGACACUUUCUCCACUACCUCACUAACUUCCAAAUUGCAUUGUUGUGUGGUUUUAUCAAGUUCCAGUGAAUCAAGAUGCUGAAAGUGCACUCUACUGUGUUUUUGUACCAUUAAUGCCAAUGUUUUUGUAAACCACUUGUAUAUAUGGGAAUAGUUGUAAACAAUUUAAACCAGUUUCCUAGGUGGCUGAAACCUUUGUUUUUAAUCUUGUGGUGUGUUUUUAUAAAGACAAUGCCGACCUUAAUGGCAUUAUUUGAAUCUAUACACUGGUAAAUCUAGUUGCAAAGAAUGUACUUAACUUAAAAGCCCCUCUUCUUUUAUAUAGUUUCAAGUUAUUUUUGGAUUAACUUAAAAUCUAUUUUUCAUAUAAAAAUAAAAGAUACACUCAACUUGGGUCUGUCAUCUAAAUUUCAUAGAUCUGUGACAUCUGAAAGUCAUCAAAUUUUGCCUUAUUUCCAAGAAAAUGACCAUCUUCCAGUUGGUUUUACUAUCCUUUACCUGGAAGUAGGUUCUAUUUCCCAAUGAAUGUUUCUUGAUUCAAAAAUAAUAUAAAAUCAUUAUGUUUCAGACAUUUUUCCUUGGCCAAUAAUAUUCUUUGGGGGGAAGUUAGGAAAACUUUAUUCUUUAUAAACACUAACCCAGUCACAUAAAUUCAUAUUGUAGUCAGACUUUUAUUAAACUUUGGAAUUAUAAUUAACAGCUCAAUUCCAUGACCUAUACAUUUCUCUAAAACCAAGAACAACAGGUAGGCACAUGCCUAUAAUACCACCUAUUUGGGAGGCAAAGGGAUCCCAAAUUAGAGACCAGCCUCAGCAACUUGGGGAGACCCUGUCUCAAAAUUUAAAAAAAAAAAAAAAA